AAUUUUUAACGAGAAUAAAGAGAAAAUCUCUGAAGAAAAACGGGAAGAAUUGUUUAAUGAAGAAUGGAAGGAGAUUGAAAAAGAUCAAGAAGAUUUUUUACGUGUAAUGACGAUGAAAAUUGAAAAACUAGAACAACUUGUAGUCAACUCAUUUAAUAAUGCCAUAAAAAAUGGACGUGCAAUAAGCAGUGACACAAAUCAUACAGAAGAGUCGUUUAAAAAAGUUUUCAUAAGAAACCUUAAGGACAAAAUUGAGGCAUUGUGCACAAAGAUAUGCCAUGAACUUCAGCGUGUGAAUGCUCUUUCAAUAAAAUUCGAUCAGGCCCCAGAUUGGCUGGGAACAUUAAGCGAUAAAAUUUAUCAUACUUUAAACAACGAUUCGAUACAUAUAAUGACGUGUAGUUUUACAAUUGAAAUUGAUGAUUUUAGUCCAAUCGAGCAAUAUAUGCGGCUUAAAGUUUUUAAUACGCUUGUGGAUAACACUGAAAAAUGGAAGUCUUCUCAAAAAUUUAAUCAUAAAAAACUCCGCAAAGAUUUGUUUAAAUACUUCAAUGACAUUUUGAAUAAUUCUUCGGAUGAAAUUAUUUCUGCUCAUUUUUUUCAAUGUAUUGCACAAUCUGUGGAUGAAAAUCUUGAUGCACGGGAGCAAUUAAUCUUGGAGGUUAUGAAAACAUAUGUAAAAGAAAAUUGGUCGAGUGUUGACAAAAAUCCUACCCGCCGUGCUUAUGAACAAAGCUUUGGCGCGUAUGAUGUUAAAAAAUCUCACGAAUAUGUUAAAAAUUCAACAUUAUUUAUGAGAAAUUUAUUUGAAAGAGAUAUUGAUGCUGUUAAAAAUAAAAAAAUAGAAGAAAUACUAAAAGAGACAGGAAAUGUUAUUAGUGGAGCUUUAGAAAAACUAGGUGAAAACAUAUCAACUUGGCAAAGACGCUUAUCUUCAUCAGACAAAAAUCUACCUCUUAAACAAAUCACUAAGGAAACACCUUCCAAGGGAAACAUUUUUCUUCCAUUAAUUCGUAUGCUUUUCAAAACGACACGUCCAGAAAUAUGUCCAGAGAGUUUAAUGGAAGAUGCAAUACGCAUUCUAGGAGAAUGCAAUAUCAGUUCUCCGCAAGAUUUUUGUAUCAUGCUAAAAAAGGAUCAUAUAAAUUACAUGGCAAAAUUCGAGAAGUUGUGGAGAAGUGAACGCUCAAAUAAUAGCAAAAUGCAAAUGGAAAAUUAUGUAGAAUUGUAUAAGGAGGUUUAUUGGGAUGAUGUCAAAGGAUGCGAACACAGGUGUCCAUUUUGUGGCUCAAAAUGCGAAUUAAAACAUGAACCCAACACAAACCAUAGAGCAUCAUUUCAUUUGAUGCACAGUUAUAACGGUCUUCGAUACAACGAAUCCAGAAAAGCAAGCUUAAUGACAUGUAAUGAACUUGAUUGUCACAAUUAUCGUUUACAUAGAAACGGAGAUGAUGGGCUCCAAUUUAAGGAGUAUGUGAAAAAGUAUCACCCAGAAUGGUGGACUCUUUUAGGAAGUAAAAAUUCCGAUGAUGACCAAAUAAGACAG